CUUACUCAAGACUCAUGCGUGACGUUUUCUUCGCAAUAUUGAUUCACUGAGGGUUUCCUCACAAACUAAAGAAUAUAUUCAGCUCCGGUUACAAGUGAAGUAAUUUCUUUAUAGGCUGCAGCCAAGCUUCUCUACAGUUGAUGAUUUAGGCCUAUAAUAACGUCUAAUCAAACGCAGCGAUCCCCCCUGCGCUCUUCAAUCAGCCUUUCAUUUCACUUUUUCUUUAUUUCUUGAUUUCUUUCUCCUUUUUUUUUAUUCUCCAACACGUCAUGUGGGGAGCUCGCAUUACCAUUUUGUGUGGUAUUUAAAGAGUGCGUCCUCCUCGCCCUCGCCUGGCUGAGCGGAGAGCACAGAGCCGGGACCGUGUUAGUAGUGUGUAUGAGUGUGUGUGUGUGUGAGUGUGUGUGUUUGUGUGUGUAUGUGUGUGUGUGUGUACCGGGUUGCAGCUGAACCACUCAGCCGACCGGAGGUUUGAGGUGGGCGGAGACAGAGCCUGAGGUCCUCCCGUCCGCAGCGACGCACCGUGCAUUUUCGGACUCGGCACCCGCACCCCGUCCGAGGAAGGAAGCAUCAUGGCAACGACUACUUGUACACGUUUCACAGAUGAAUACCAGCUGUACGAGGAGCUUGGCAAGGGGGCCUUCUCAGUGGUGCGCCGCUGUGUCAAACUCUGCACAGGCCAAGAGUACGCGGCCAAAAUCAUCAACACCAAAAAGCUCUCGGCCAGAGACCAUCAGAAACUGGAGAGGGAGGCCAGGAUCUGCAGAUUGCUCAAGCACUCCAACAUUGUUCGUCUCCAUGACAGUAUCUCAGAGGAAGGCUUCCACUAUCUCCUCUUUGACCUGGUGACAGGAGGGGAGCUGUUUGAGGAUAUUGUGGCCAGAGAGUACUACAGUGAAGCAGAUGCCAGUCAUUGCAUCCAGCAGAUCCUGGAGGCCGUGCUCCACUGCCAUCAGAUGGGGGUGGUACACAGAGACCUCAAGCCAGAGAACCUGCUGCUGGCCAGCAAGUGUAAGAACGCAGCAGUGAAGCUGGCUGACUUUGGACUGGCAAUUGAAGUCCAAGGAGACCAGCAGGCUUGGUUUGGUUUUGCAGGAACUCCCGGCUAUUUGUCCCCAGAGGUUCUGAGGAAGGAGGCGUACGGUAAACCUGUAGACAUCUGGGCAUGCGGUGUGAUCCUCUACAUCCUUUUGGUUGGAUACCCUCCGUUCUGGGACGAGGACCAGCACAAACUCUACCAGCAGAUCAAAGCUGGAGCAUACGAUUUUCCCUCCCCAGAGUGGGACACGGUGACUCCGGAGGCUAAAAAUCUGAUCAACCAGAUGCUGACUAUAAACCCAGCCAAGAGAAUCACUGCCCAGGAGGCUCUGAAGCACCCAUGGGUCUGCCAACGCUCAACAGUGGCCUCUAUGAUGCACAGACAGGAGACAGUCGAGUGCCUGAAGAAGUUUAACGCCAGGAGGAAACUCAAGGGCGCCAUUUUGACCACCAUGCUCGUCUCCAGGAACUUCUCUGUGGGUCGGCAGACUACAGCCCCCGCCGCCGUCAGCGCCGUGGCCGGAACCACCGCCGGCAUUGUGGAGCAAGCAGCCAAGAGUCUCCUCAACAAGAAGGCUGAUGUCAAGCCACAGACAAACAGCACGAGAAACAGCAUAGUGACCAGUCCCAAAGGCAACGUCCCCUCUGCUGCGCUGGAGCCUCAGACUACUGUUAUCCAUAAUCCAGUAGAUGGGAUCAAGGAAUCAUCUGACAGCAGCAACACCACUAUUGAGGAUGAAGAUGUGAAAGCCCGCAAACAGGAGAUCAUAAAGAUCACAGAGCAGCUCAUCGAAGCUGUCAAUAACGGAGACUUUGAGGCCUACGCGAAGAUCUGCGACCCCGGGCUGACUUCAUUUGAGCCUGAGGGGCUGGGUAACCUGGUGGAGGGAAUGGACUUCCACAGAUUUUACUUCGACAAUCUCCUCUCCAAGAACAGCAAGCCCAUCCACACCACCAUCCUCAACCCCCACGUGCACAUGAUCGGCGACGACGCCGCCUGCAUCGCCUACAUCCGCCUGACGCAGUUCGUCGACGGACAGGGCCGUCCCCGCUCCAGCCAAUCAGAAGAGACCAGGGUAUGGCACCGCAGGGACAGCCGGUGGCAAAACGUCCACUUCCACUGCUCAGGAGCUCCUGCUGCCCCGCUGCAGGGAUGAGGUAUGUGAGGCUGACGAGGAGGCAGACAGGAGCAGAAAAGGAUCAUCUAAGAGAGUAAAUCAGCACUGGGAGAGAGGUACAGGUGGAUGGAGGGUUGGUUAAAGGAGUCUGAAGAUAUUUGGGAUCCCGGUUGACCUCCUGCAGUCUGCACACCCACCUCAAUCUUCUCUCUCUCUGUCUCUCUACAACCUCAACUACAGACGAUUAACUCCGACGCAACGCUCCCAUCACCGAGACCCCACAGCAGAGGGCAUAUCAGUUAUAAAAAAAAGAAAUGAACUGGACUUUUAGCCCGCGUCUUGUGGCUAUACUAGCCCAAAAGUACCUGGACAGCACCUGUCCUCCCCCCCCCGCCUACCUUCUAUCUCCCUCUUAUUCUGCGCCACAAGGCUUCAGACGUGGCUCUCUCCUCGUUGAAGAUUUACCCGUUUUACUUCUACUCAAACAUAAAGUUAUUGUUACUUACUUCUAAUCUUAUUAUGGCUGCAGUCUGUCGUUGUGCUCUUUCAUCUGUACAGUAUAUUUAUUAGUCAUUUUAAACCCUCUUUCUUUUCUGGUAUCCUCUUCUUCUUCUGCUUCUUUUUUUAUGACGAGCAUGACUCUUUACCUGUAUUCUUAUUAGCAGUGGCUGUUUUCUGCACGACUAAAGGCUGCCUGUGUGAAAUGAACAUACAGUAAGUACCACGUGUCUCACUUAAGAGACAAGUGGGUGUAUGUAAUUAUCGUUUUUUUGUUUUGUUAUUCAGUGAAGCUUUUCUUUUUUGUUUGUUUGUUUGUUUGUUUGUUUUUUUCUUUCUCUGGAGUGUAGUUGACCCCCCGAACCGACGCCUCCGUGUGUUCUCCGGACCCUUUGAGCCGCGCACACCAUGCAGCAUGCUAAGAUCUUACUGUUGUUCUUAAUUGAUUCUCUCUAUGUACUGAACAUUGCAAGUAAUUACUGAAAUUAUAACAAUGGUUGAAAUUAUAGUAUCAUGCUGUUAUGUAAAUUUUCCAGUUUCAUCGUGGUGACUUAACUACAAUUACGCUGUAGAUGGUAUUUAAUUGCAUGAUAUUCCAAGUUAAUACAUUGGUAAGUUGGGUGUUAUUGUGCAUUUUGUUGAUUUUUCUCUUUUUGGACUGAACUGCUGGUGAACUAUAAUCUAUUGCCUCUAUUUUCUGGGCUUUGUAAGUGCAUAAACUAUAUUUUUUGUGUUAAUAUGAUUAGUGUAGUACAUGAGGACACUGGUGAGGUAAAUGAUGACAGAUUAUGCCUUUUUAAAGAAUUAUUUGUUGGAUCCAGAUCAGAUAUAAAGUGGCUAAAAUUCAAGAUGCUAAUUGAUCGCUUUUAUUUAUUUAUUUUUUUUAGGAUUUUUGGAGCUUAAUUUCAAUUAUUAUUUCAAAGUGCAGCUUUUUACUUCACACUUAUGAAGAAAAUACACAAAAAUGCUAAACGAAGCAUUGGUAUCAGGGAUGUAGAGAGGAUUAUAGAGAACCUGAGGUCAUAAAUCCAGAAAAUGUUUGACCCAACACCUAAAAAUCUCUUCUUUUUUAAAAAUAUUUGGAUUUUUAAACAUUUUAUUUAUUCAGUUAAUGGUUCAGUUGUAUUCUCUGUACAUUUUAUUCCCCCAAUUUAGUGGUCUUACCUUUUCAUGAGCAAAGAAAAAAACAGCCCUGUUGUCAGAUUUGUGAUGAUGCAUUUUUCAUAUAAUCUAAAAGCUUCUUUAAUUGUGUAUUUAGCCAAAGAAGUAGGAGGAUUUUCUCUACCGAUAAAGGAAUAAUCCUCAAGUUUAUCUGAAAAAAUGUUAAAUCACCAAAUUUGGAGAAACAUGGUUUUAAGUCGUUGAUUCUGCAUCCUGCCAGCAAUACAGUUCUGGUGGGGAAUUAAUAAAUUCUUUGUUUAUUGAAUGUAAACUCCCUUCAGGUUCUUUAAACCCUCAAAUUCCUACAAAAAAAUACUCAAGACCUCAGUGUCUGAUUAGUGUAACUGUACGACAACCUGUCCUCAAGAGGGCGCCAACAUCCAACAACAAAAAAAUGAUAUCUGAGUCAACCACAGGGUUCAAAAACUACAAACAUGAUCAGUGCUGGUUUCUGCCGGGAGGUGGGUGUUGGUGAGGGAGGGACAUCCUGAACAUGAUAAGCAGAGUGUAAGAGGAGAGAGAUAAAGACAAACUAAUACAGACGGUCAUACCAGGCCUUCAGUUACUUCAUUUCAAUCAGCAUUUACAGUUUGUCACAAUUGCUUUGGUUCAAUUAUUCAAAACUCUUAACACAAAAUGCUUCACAAUGCUUCAAAACAUCUGUAUCAAAUUAUAUAUAUAUGUUUAUCACUUAUUUUUAAUACCUAAUGAUACAUAAGUCAUCUUUUAACCUCUGUAAGCAUAAGCAUAACAAUAACGAAUAGCAAAAAGGAACAAAUAAUAAUACAAUAUCACAAUUAAAGAGUGAUGUUUUAAUGAUGCAGUUCCUUAAUAAAUUAAUAACUAAGUUAGUAAUUACAAUACUAGUGUUACAUAUAGAUAAACAAAUACAGAAACCAUCAGCAGAAUCAAACAGUCUGCUGUUCUUCAAUAGUAUAAGGGCGUUUUAGUGUUUUGCACUAGGAACUGCAUUUUGUGUUUUAAUUAUUAAACAUUAAGAGUUUUGCACAAUAAAACCAAGCCAAAGCAGUCAUCAAAUAACACAAGUCAACUGUUUUUUGUUUUUGUUUUUUUUUUUGCAAAAGGAGCCUGUGAUUAAGUCAUAUCAACAAACAUGAGUGAGUGAAAUAUUAUCAGACCGAAACUCUGCAGGUGUAUUUUUACCGUUCGUACCAUUGAAACUCUUGUAAGGCAUGAAGCCAACAGUCCUCCUUCCUGUCUAGUUCAAACCCUAAUAGUAUCAGUACUUUAAAUAGGAUUACUGAUCUAAUAGAGCCAUUGUCCCCUUUGGCAACCAUUCCAUGUCCAGUUAAUUAGCAUGUGGCAGAAGACAUGUAAGAUUUAGGCUACAACUCAUUUUAAGCGCGUUAGAAGAGCCUCUUUUCCUCAGUUUGAUCAGGAGACGACGGAUGAUGAUGCUACUGUGUGUGAAGCAAAGCGUUUCUGACUCUGAUUUCUUUUAUAUUACUAUUAUACUGAUGAUGAUGAUGAUGAUGAUGAUUCCUCUGGUGUGCAUUCCAAGUCUUAUCAAUAUAAAAAAAAUGUGAUCAGAUGUAAUCAGUGUGUGAACCAAUAAAAUGACAAUGCAGAGAGC